AUGAUGCGCCAAGUGACCAGCAGUGACUUCUGCAUGAGCAGCCGGCCCUCGUGCCUGGCGGAGGACGGCCUCCACCCCCCCUCCCACUUCGACCUGUGCGCCUCCCAGUCCAACAAGUUCUACCCUCCUCCCUCGUCGUCGUCCCUUCAGAUGACCCUGACGCCCAUGGUCUUACCCGCCCUGAGCCACAAGCCCAUGGUGUGCCAGAGACAGGAAGUGCUCGAGGGUAAGAUACCAGGCGUUAAAAGCUCUGAUCAAGCGCCAGACGAUGCCAAGAAGAAGAGCAAGGCUGCGGGGAAGCCGGGCAGGCGCGGGAGGCCUUUGGGAACCACCAAGCUGGCCGGAUACAGAACCAGCACGGGUCGACCACUUGGUACCACCAGAGCUGCUGGUUUCAAGACGAGCCCAGGGAGGCCACUGGGUACGACCAGAGCGCGAGGGUACAAGGUCAGCCCCGGUCGGCCCCCCGGCAGCAUCAAGGGCUUCUCUCGCCUCAACAAACUGGCUUACGGUAGCACCUGCAGCGGAGCGGCUUUCCCCUAUCCGCUGCCACACAAAGAACUUCUCUGUGAACCUUCCUGCAAAGAGAAGACGACAAACGAGUGA